AUGUCACGAACUGCUGUUGCCUUGUGCAUUUCAUUGCUGUCAUUCCUUAUCUUGGUGAUUGCCGUCGCUUAUCCUAUCAACCGCAAUCGCGUCAAGGCCAUUCCACGAGAUGUGGACACCCUGGCUAGCACACUUGCUUACGUCCAUGGCAGUGAGAGACUGCUCAACUGGGUCCAGCAAGAGGCGCCAGUCGCUUUGCCAUGGUACCGAGCAUUCUUUGCCAGCCGCCCGGACAUGAAUGUGGAGCAUCUGAAAGCUCGCCUGGGACCUUUUGUGAGCGCCGAUGGUAAGCAGAGGUGGGGAGUUGAGCUUUUGGAACCAAAGAACGUUGCAGAUGACAGUGCUCCCAUGUUGAUGGACGAAGGCAUAGAGUUACACAGUAUGGCUGAAGCUUCAAGGGACGGGGAUAGCGACAUUGCUUUGCAGACUCCUCAUCUGGAGCUUCUCGGUUGGGAGCCGGUUGGCAGGAGAACCUCGAGAGAGUAA